AUGGAAGAGUUAUUUGGGAUGUGCGUGGACAUUCCCUCCCCAAAACCUUUGGAUGAGCCUAUCAGUGACAAUUUUGUUUUGGAACAGCAACCGUUGGCUGUGGGAUAUUACGUGACCACUGCUCGAGUGGAGACAUUCCACGGAUUCUAUGACACUGAGAGAGUUCCGGCUGGGUGUGCCUGUGUUUUGUGGGCUGGACUGCAUUUUACACAGUCCCAGAUAUAUCAGAGUGAAGCAGAACUCAUUUCUUCGAGAUCUCCUUCUGACCACCCUUUGGAUUCGGCCAAGACGACGGACACUCUGAGAUAUGUUCUUGAACAGUAUAAUGCACUUUCAUGGCUGGAUGUUGACCUCGUUACUAGUCAUAGACGUUCUGGUCUGCCUCUUCAUUUCCAAUCACUUAUUCGAUUGGGUGAUUCUUUUAAUUCACUUGUGUGA